AUGUCGUGCCCCAGCAGGGACCUGGGAUUGCUGGUGGGGGCAGAAGGUGAGGACCACAGCUUCCAGGAAGCAGAAUAUGCUGCCAUCAACUCCAUGUUGGACCAGAUCAACUCCUGCCUGGACCACCUAGAAGAGAAGAAUGACCACCACCUUGCCUGCCUCCAGGAGCUGCUUGAAUCCAACCGACUGUUGCACCCUGAGCUCAAGCAACAGCUCAGAAUGGCCCACAGCAAUGCCAAUCCCUAG